CAGACUUCACAAAGUUGUAGUUCUAUUACGAAUUACGAUUCUUCUUUCUUAGUAUUCUUUUUCAUUUUCGCGGCAAAACUUUCCCUCUAGUCCGUAAGAUUAGCAGCGUCUUCUGGUAACCGCCUUUUCUUAUCCCCUCCACACUCUAUAAAGUUUUAAACUUUGGGCCAUUCUUGAAUGCUAAACCAUCUCCAUCAUGGAUGAUAUUAGAGGCAAAAUACCUGCCAAGAACUGCCCAAAUCACCAGCAAAGCAGGACCAGAAUGGCUAGUAGCCAUACUCCCUUCUUGUUUAAUCAUGGAUAUACUAUCAAGACUACCCACCAAAACCCUCUUCAUUUGCAAAACUUGGAAUAACUUAAUUUCUGAUAAAUACUUCACCCAACUCCAACUCACAAAUGCACCUCCGGCAAUCCUUAUCAAAACCAUUCGGCGGUGUGGUGAAUCGAGACAGCUCCAUUUAGCCCACAUAACAGGAGGCAACACUAAAGCUCGUUUUGGGGUUGAAAAGAUGAAGUUUAAUAGUAAAGAUCACUUGCCCAGUUAUGAUUUUUCGUUUGAUCAAUUCAUGUAAUGGCUUGCUUUGUUUAACUGGAAGUAUUCUAGUUGGGGAUCAAAUUUACAUAUGCAAUCCAAUAUUAGGUGAGCAUAUUACUAUUCAAUUGCCUAACGAUAAUGAUGAUAAGUGGAAGUGUAAUAGGCGUUUUGGUUUUGGGUUUUGUGCUGACACUGAUCAAUAUAAAGUGAUACAAACGUUCAAUAUAAUGAGAUCUACAUAUCGAGUUGUUGAGAAUUACCUAGAGGCUGAGAUUUACACUAUUGGUUCUAGAGAAUGGAGAAGCAUUGGAACUCCACCUUGCAACAUUAGUUCUACUCUGCCAACCAAUACUUGAACGAUUCUCUCCAGCUCGUGAUGAAUAUGUUGAUGAUCUUGAUUUUGUUUUCAACAUUGGAAAUGAGCAGGCUCCUGAUGGAUAUGGUGAUGAUCUUGAUUAUGCUUUCAACAUUGGAAAUGAGCAGGCUCCUGAAGGAUAUGGUGUUGAUGAUCUUGAUUAUGCUUUCAACUUUGGAAAUGAGCAGUUUGGAGAGAUCCCCUCGCCUUCUGUUUUAGUUUCCAAGGGGAAGAAGAAAUCUAUGGGGUUAAUGAAGGUGGGGGUGUUAAGAGGUUGUUUAUGCAUGUCUUUGUCUUCUGCUCAGAAGAUAUCUGAGAUAUGGAUUAUGAAGGAAUAUGGCAACAAGGAAUCAUGGACUAAAUUGCUCGUCAUUGGAACCAUUUGUUUAAGCAAGAUCAGAUACAAUUCCUGUGAGCCUAUAUUUGCAUUUGACAGUGACAAUAUCUUGAUGUUGUGUGACAAUUCUGUUCUAGCUUGUUAUAAUGUGAAAACAAAGAGGUUUCGUGAUGCUAAGAUAUCUCAGACUAAUGGGAAAUUCCAUAUAAUUUCUCACACCCCAUGCUUUACUUCACUUGAACACAUUGCAGAAGAUGAGGCAGUUGAGAUAUCCAGGUAUCAAGCUGUCGCAGUUCAGAAAAACAAAGUGUCCUGAUUUGGGAGAACUAGUAGAUUGGAGAAAGGAGACUACUUGGUACUUUUUGUCGUGAGCUCUCGGUUCUUGUUCUGCAAAGGAGAGGGGCUACUCUUAUCAGUUUAUGUUAGGGUUACUAUUCAAAAUCGACAUUUUUGUUUAUCAUGUUUAGCUGUUAAGGUGAUUAUGUUGUUGCUCUGAGGAUCAAUAGGGCAUUUGACAUGAUUCAUUCCACAACUCAGACACUAACAUCACCUUUUGUUUUAAUGUCUAGUUACAUUGUUUAAACUUCUCUAAGAAAGGAUAUUAACAUUUGAAUUCCUUCUACUGUUUAAGAUUCUGAUUGUUUCUUGGGAUA